AUGGCUUCGAUAAUACCCAGAGAUAUAGCAAACGGGCUCAAAGGUUUAGACGCGAAUCGCUAUGCUACGAAGAAAACGGUCGCACAGGGCAUGCUGGACAUCGCCCUACUUACAUCGAACGCGUCUCAAUUGAAGUAUGUCCUCCAAGUGGGACAGAAACACGAGUUUUACACUCUGCUGGUGGUCCUAAUAAGCAUAUCGAUUGUGCUGCAGGCUAUCGCUGGAAUCCUGGCUUUAAUAAUUUCAUCUUUGGACGGUGAACAUAACGAAAAGCAAAAGAAGAUGGCCGAUGGCCUAUACCACGUGUCAUUAGCUUUAAUGACUGGUGUUGUUUUCUGCGACGUCAUCAAAAUGACUUUCGGAUUCGACCCGGCUCUCUCAGAGCAAGACUACUAUGGGAAUAGGGCUUCAAAUAUGCAGUCG